UCGCGCCCUUCCUGCCGUGUGUGCGCGCUGUCCCGGCAGAGUCGCGGCAUGGCGGACCCGGAGGCGCUGGGCUUCGAGCACAUGGGUCUCGACCCCCGGCUCCUGCAGGCCGUCGCCGACCUGGGCUGGUCGCGACCCACGCUGAUCCAGGAAAAGGCCAUCCCGCUGGCCCUGGAGGGGAAGGACCUGCUGGCUCGGGCCCGCACGGGCUCGGGGAAGACGGCCGCGUAUGCCAUUCCCGUGCUGCAGCUGCUGCUCCACAGGAAGGCGACAGGCCCUGCAGUAGAGCAGGCUGUGAGAGGGCUUGUCCUGGUGCCCACCAAGGAGCUGGCGCGGCAGGCCCGGUCCAUGAUCCUGCAGCUGGCUGCCUACUGCGCUCGAGAUAUUCGGGUGGCUGACGUCUCUGCUGCGGAAGACUCAGCCUCUCAGCGAUCUGUGCUGAUGGAGAAACCCGACAUAGUCGUGGGGACCCCAUCGCGCAUCUUGAACCACUUGCAGCAGGACAAUUUGGUCCUGCGAGACUCCCUGGAGCUGCUGGUGCUGGAUGAGGCCGACCUUCUGUUCUCCUUUGGAUUCGAGGAAGAACUCAAGAGUCUGCUCUGUCAUCUGCCUCGGAUUUACCAGGCUUUUUUGAUGUCGGCUACCUUUAACGAGGACGUCCAAGCACUCAAGGAGCUGGUACUCCAUAAUCCAGUGACUCUCAAGCUGCAGGAGUCCCAGCUGCCGGGGCCAGACCAGCUGCGGCAGUUCCAGGUAGUCUGUCAGACAGAGGAAGAUAAAUUCCUGCUGCUCUAUGCCCUGCUCAAGCUGUCAUUGAUCCGCGGCAAGUCCCUGCUCUUUGUCAACACUCUGGAGAGGAGUUACCGGCUGCGCCUGUUCCUGGAGCAGUUUAGCAUCCCCACCUGUGUGCUCAACGGAGAGCUCCCGCUGUGCUCCAGGUGCCACAUCAUUUCACAGUUCAACCAGGGCUUUUACGACUGCGUCAUAGCGACUGACGCCGAAGUCCUGGGGGCUCCGGUCAAGGGCAAGCGUCGGGGCCGAGGAUCCAAAGGGGACAGGGCCUCUGAUCCGGAGGCAGGCGUGGCCCGGGGCAUAGACUUCCACUACGUGUCUACUGUGCUCAACUUUGACCUUCCCCCCACCCCUGAGGCCUACAUCCAUCGAGCUGGCAGGACGGCACGCGCCAACAACCCGGGCAUGGUUUUGACCUUCGUGCUGCCCACUGAGCAGUCCCACCUGGGCACGAUCGAGGAGCUUCUCAGCGGAGAGAACGGGGCCCCCGUACUGCUUCCCUACCAGUUCCGCAUGGAGGAGAUUGAGGGCUUCCGCUACCGCUGCCGGGAUGCCAUGCGCUCAGUGACCAAACAGGCCAUUCGAGAGGCGAGGUUGAAGGAGAUCAAGGAGGAGCUUCUGCACUCAGAGAGGCUCAAGACGUACUUUGAAGACAACCCCCGGGACCUCCAGCUGUUGCGGCACGACCUGCCCUUGCACCCUGCCGUGGUGAAGCCUCACCUGGGCCACGUCCCUGACUACCUGGUCCCCCCCGCUCUGCGUGGCCUCGUCCACCCUCAUAAGAAGCGGAAAAAGCUGGCCUCCAGGAAAGUCAAGAAGGCCAAGACCCAGAAUCCCCUGCGCAGCUUCAGGCACAGAAAAGAGAGAAGCAGACCCACAGCCGUGCCUUCCUGAGGUCGUCUGCGCAGCCUCGCUGGCUCCCAGGGCCCCUUCCCAGGCUGAGCGCCGAGCAGGGUGCGGGCGCCGGCUUCCCACCCUGGCUGGACUGGAUUCCGGAGCAGGCCCGUGGUGCUGCCCUGCUCGCCUAAUAGACUCCAUCCGUCCUGACUCAGGCUUCCUGCAAGUAGGAAGGGAUGCCCAUCCCUGGGAACCUUGGGAAUUAAAUUGCUUCCGGGAGGUUUUCUGCGUUGUGUGUGUGGCGGCUGCCUGGCCGGCAGAGGUCAGCUAUGAGGCGCUGCCGCAGCUCGUCUGGGUCUCUGGCCCAGCCCACUGCCGGCCAGACUGACCGACCUCCCUCCCCCGGAGCUUGGAGACCGUGAGCCUUCCCAGCUAGGAGCCCCAUACCUCCACAUCCAAAUCUGGGCGCCUCUGCACCCGAGCCAAGGGGACUGGCUCCUGUGUUCCCGCCCCACUCCCUAUAGACAUAUUUGUGUAUUCCGUACAUGCGGGUGUGGUGGUGAGAUGCGUGUGCUCGCUGUUGGAUGCUCCUUACUGAGCCAGCAGGUCCCGGUUUGAGAAGGCGGGGGUCUCGAGGGGGCGGAGUCCUGGCAUUACUGUCACCUGCUUAUGGGCAUCAUGAGGAGGCUGUGCUUCUGCUUGCUGUUCGGGUGUGAUAGCGCUUGGGGUAGGUGAGGUUUUGACAUUUCCCGCUCCUGUUGUGUUUGAGGGUUUCUGGGUAGCCGCGGUUUACAAUGGUGUUGCUCAGGCGGGGCUCUGCCAGCAAGCCCGGGUGAGCCACUGGGGUUCCAGCAGGCCUGGAGCCACCAGGCUGCUGGGCUUCCGUCCCCCGUGGACCGUCCCACCUGCUCUGUGAGGCAGGCGAGGAGCUGAGGCCUGGCCGUGAGGUCAGCCUUCUCCCUCAUGGUUCUAGGUCCUCUGGCCCCGCCACCUCCAGGUGCUCCCGGCCAGGGGGCUUGUGUCCCAGAACCAGUCCAGAUCCAGAUGCAGGAGAGUUGGGGGCCAAGGGGACUCGUCUGGGCCUUUGUCCCCGCCUGUGGAUGGAGCUGGGGCUGUGUACCCAUCACCCUUAACAAGCCUCAGACAAGGGUAUCCCACAUUCCUAGGCUCAGAGAAGUUCCCCGGUGCACUGAGCUCACCAGGCCAGUGAGGGCUGGUGGGCGGGGCCCCGCUGUCCACCCCCGCAGGGGCCUAGCUGACAUGGCUGGCAUUGUCACCAACACGGGCAGGUCCUAUCUGAGGCCCUUGGGAAGCUGGGCUGUGCCUGUGAUCCCCUCCCCAAGCUAUUACAGGCCCCUACACUUGGUAGGGUCUGACCUGGCUGGGCGGUGGAGAGGGUGGUGUGUCUCUGUGCCCUGACCCCACAGAAGGAGGGUGUCCAGGGGCCUAGACAUCUCAUUCAAUCCCCACCCCACCCUGGGGAUAGGCCUCACUGUGUCCAUUUACUUAAUUUAUAUAUGGGGAAACUGAGGUCUCCAGGGACUGGACUUGUCCAUCUGAUGCACAUCCAAACUAGAGCCGGACAGGCCCUGCAUGGGAGGGGCACUGUGGGCCUGGAAGGGGUGGGGUAGGGUGAACCUACUCGAAGCUUGAAGCGAAGGUUCCUGGUGGGAAGGCUGGCCGGUGACCACCUCCCCCCCACCCCUGCUGGCAGAGUCACACCCACACGGAAGCCUGAGUGGGCGCUGCUGUUCAGGCAGGCAAGGGGCUUUAGGGGAUUGAGAAUCAGGCCUUGGAUGCACCCAAGCUGUGGAUUCCAAAGGCUAGGGCCUGCCAGGUGCCGGCGCUGAGUGAGGGCAGGAGGGGUGUGGGGUGCCUGCAGCCAGCGCACAGAAGGGGACCAGCAUGUACAAAUACUCCAGGUGGGGGGGGGCCCAGCCCAUCUGAGGACGAAAGGAAUCAAAAGUGGUCAUCACCAAAAUAGGUAAAGGCUAAAAAAUUGAUUUAUUUCAGAGAUAACACAGUGACAUGUAAAAAAUUCAGAAGAUAAACAAACGAGCAGGUGGUUUUCAAGCAGAGAAGCACUGUGAUCAGAUAGGCCAGCAGCCGCGGUGAUAACGGAUGGGAGAACACUGUGUCCUAGAAACCUCUGGACCCAGAGCACGAAGCGCUCAGGUGCAUUUCUGACUAGCUAACCCCUGCAUCUGCUGAGGAUCAGUGACUCAGGGGCGCUUGCUGCUCUAGGCACUUUGGUCUCCGGGGGCAGUGGCAGACAAUCAGGUGGAAUUCGUGCAGGGAGGCGCCCCUGCCAAAUGCUUGCCCCCUCUCCCUACCCCGCCUCCGGGAGGAAGUGUCAGGAUGUCCUGCCUCGCCAGUCUGUGGUGUGGAUCCCAGCCAUGUGUACCUGGAAAACGAAGCAGGGCUCAUCCACUGGGGAGGGGGCCAGGCACUGCUGGGCAGACACCCACUCAGGACAGCAGCUCAGUGUCUGUUCAACCACCAGCUCACCCGCAGUCCCUGCAGCCAAACUGGGAGCAGCCACGUCGGCAGCUCUUCAGUGUGCUAGCCCAGCCUGGCUACCAGGGAGGCCCCUCACUUGUCUCGGCUUCCUCCUGGGGUCUCAUCUGUGAGCGGGGUAAAGUGACCCGUGCCAGCGAUCCUGUGUUGGGACACACCAUGAGGUCAGGCAGCCUCAGCGCCCCCGCGGGUGGCUCUAUGCAGGGUGCCCCUCCAACUUCAGUGCACGUCCCAGUCAUAGAGGCCUGUGCUUACGGUGCGGGUCCUGGCCAGCAGGUCCUGGGCAGGGCCCCUGCCAGGGGAGGCCUGAAUGCCUACAACACCCACCCCAUUCUACAGAUUGAGAAGCUGAGGCUCACAAAAAGCAAGCCAGGCCAGUGCCACCUGGCUGAGGGACAGAGUGGGCGGGUACUCAGAUCUGUGGACGCCACUCUGGAACCCUAGGUGAGCGAGCUCCGCUCAGCUCUGUCCCAUCCCUUCUCUGAGCCUCAUCUUCAUCUGUGAGAUGCAAUGAUGAAGGGUGUCACUUUUUAGCGUAAGUAUGUCCUGUGCAGUAUUUGUGAUACACUAAAAAAUUAUUCAUUGUUUAUCUGAAA